AUGUCAAAUCGUGGUGAAGAAAUGCCCAGCGAAGAUGCCUCGGCUAAGGUCUCUGACGUAGAAUACGACAAGAGGGGCUUACCAAGAUUAACACCGCAAGAAGAAGCCGUACUGCGUGAAUGUCGUAGCCAUUCACUCUAUUACCGUGGUAUUCCUCUAGGAAUAAUUUCUGUGGUAAUUACCAGACGUGCAGCCGCGUCGUCGCCCCAUAUUCAUCGUUGGAGAGCAUUUUACUACGUUGGAAUUUUUGGCUUAAGUCUGUUAACGGGAAUAGCAUCUUAUAGACGUCAGUGUAUGGCAAAAAUAUUACAAUUGGAAAAUUCUCCUUUAGCUGACCGAUUAAAAGAACAAUUGAAAGGUCACAGCCCAUACCAGCGAUUACAUCAGUGGCAGCAACAUCAACAAGAUCAAAAUAAUCAAGCAACUUUGCAACAAGGGGGACAGCCAGUUGGUAGCCUAUCUCCUCGUUCAACGUCGUCCUUCGACAGCAACAGAGAGAAUUAUAAAGAUCGUGAAGAGCUACCAGCCUUUCGGAAUAAGCCCUAUGAUGACCUUAAACUAGGUACGAAUACUACUUCUACUUCAGCGCAAGCCGCACCACUAGCAAUCUGGGACGACGAUGAAAAACCUGAUCGACGCCAGCAGGUUUCUUAUAGCGAUUUGCGUCAGCAAAACCGAACUCGUUGGGCAGAAAAUGAUGAUAGAAAACAGCGAGGUGUUCCUGAAAGUAUGGAUAAAAAUAGCGGUAGUUCUUCGAUGCAAGGGAAACAGGAUGGCUUUCGAAAGCCCGUAAGGACUAAUAAGUAUGGUGACCCAAUCGAUGAAUAA